AGAGGAUCCAUAUAUCGAAAAAAUUGAUCUGGAUGAAUCAACCGUCAAUCCUCCAAAUACACGUUUAGGACCGGAAAAUUUUCAGUUGCUUAAGGUUUUGGGAAAAGGCGGAUAUGGAAAGGUGUUCCAAGUAAGGAAGAUUAAUGGAAAAGAUGAAGGAAGGAUUUUUGCAAUGAAAGUGUUGAAAAAGGCGACAAUCAUCAGAAAUCAAAAGGACACAGCUCAUACAAAAGCAGAAAGGAAUAUUUUGGAGGCAGUAAAGAGUCCAUUUAUAUGUGAUCUUCUCUAUGCUUUUCAAACAGGCGGAAAGUUGUAUUUGAUUUUGGAAUAUUUAAGUGGUGGCGAAUUAUUCAUGCAUUUGGAGCGUGAAGGACUUUUCAUGGAGGCAAUCUUCAAAUUUAUCAGUUUUUUUUCUAAAGACACUGCAGCAUUUUAUUUAAGUGAAAUAGUUUGCUCAUUAGAACAUCUCCAUCGGCAAGGAAUCAUUUACCGCGAUCUGAAACCAGAAAAUAUUUUACUUGAUAGUCGAGGACAUGUGAAAUUGACUGAUUUUGGCUUAUGCAAAGAAGCAAUUGAAGGUGAUCAGAAAACGCACACAUUUUGUGGUACUAUUGAAUACAUGGCACCAGAAAUAUUGAUGAGGGUUGGACACAAUAAAGCAGUGGAUUGGUGGAGUUUGGGUGCAUUAACAUUUGAUAUGCUUACUGGUGGUCCUCCUUUCACAGCUGACAACAGGAAGAAGACCAUCGAUAAAAUAUUGAAAGGACGACUCACAUUGCCAUCAUUUUUGAGCAUGGAAGCACGUGAUUUGAUCAAAAGGCUUUUGAAGAGGCACGUUGAAACGAGACUUGGAGCUGGGCCUGAGGAUGCUUAUGAAAUUAAACAACAUUCCUUUUUCCGAUCUUUCAAUUGGGAUUUGGUCUACGCACGGCAGUUGGAGCCACCAUACAAACCAAACAUCACUUCCGAAGAUGAUGUGUCCUUGUUCGACAGCAAAUUCACGAAGAUGACACCAGUUGAUUCCCCUUGCGAGCAAAAUAUCUCUUUAUCAGUAAAUCCAUUCGAGGGUUUCACGUAUAUCGCGCCAAGUGUUCUCGAGGAAAUGCCGAAGCCAAAACCAAAUAACGCACGAUCACCACUUAAAAGUCAGAGGAAUGUAAGCGUGAAAAUUGCGAGUCCGUCGAUAGCUAAUUCAGAUGGCGAUGUAGCAUCAAAUGUAUUAAGUAAUCAAGAAGAUGCGAUGGAUACUACCACUACUUCACCGAAGUUCAGAUACACUUAA